AUGGAAGCUGAAUCAUUAGGGGCUAUUAUUGAGAUAUUUAUUGUGCAUAAAUUUGAUUGGAUCUCAGAAGAGGAAACAAGAAAGGAUGAGAAAAGAAUCCCUAUAGAUAAGAAGAACUUUAGGAGAUGCUCCAAGGAAGCAAAACGAGUACCGUGCCCUGAGUUGGUGGUGGCUACAUCUGCUGUGACAGAUUCUGUCCCUUUUGACAAGUAGAUAACCAAGUCAGAGCUGCUUGGAUAGCUCUGGCAGCAUGAGAAAAACUCACGGGCACAGCAAGAUGGCGAGAAACCUAAAAUUAGUUUCAACAACCUAAUAUCAGAUAUGAAAGUUACCCAAUCUGCUACAGUUAGAGUUAGUACAAGACUAGAGCAUCAGAUUAUUUUACCAGGAAAAGAGAGCAGGACAGCUGAUCUUAAACACAAAAGAAAACAACAACAACAACAAAUUAUUAUGAAGAAUUUAUUCAAGAGGAGACUUAAUCUUUUUGACAGUGAGGCAUUUACUGAAGAAACACUUGAAACAGAGACACUGUCUUCUCUUUGGGAUGUGAAAUUUGCUAAACAACUAACCACAGUAAACGAACAGCCCUUUCAGAUUGGGUCUGAAGUGAAUGAAAAGGGGAAACUGUGAGAGUUACCAAUUAAGUGGGAAGCAGGAUUUGAUGAUGAUGGUUGAGAAUUUAGUGAACAUGCAUCUCUGUAUAAACACUUGGAUGGUUUACCAAAACAAGAACCAGCUCACCACUUCAUGGAGCUGGUGACUUGUGGCCUUUCCAAAAACCCAUAUCUGAGUGUUAAACAGAAGGUCGAGCACAUAGAAUGGUUUAAAAAUUAUUUUAAAGAAAAAAGGGACAUUCUAAAAGAAAGUAACAUACAGUUUAGACCAGGAAAUUUAUAUUAUAAGCUGUUGGAGAUGGACAGGAUAGCUAAAUAA